CAGUAAACGGAACUUCUGGUUGAAUAAAUGAAACCGGCAGGUGUCCGAAGAUCAGCCAGCUUUGAGAUAUGACAACAGUUUCCCACUUUGAGACGCCCCCAAUGGAGGCCAUGGAGACCUCGGCCUCCUCAUCGCCAGAUCAAGCACAGCCCCAGGAUAAUCUGCGCAUAUUUUUAAAGCAUUUGUAUGCUGAGUGCGUCUAUCGCUACCAGAACGACACAUACGACGAGGACUCUACGGUACCGGCAACAGACUAUGAGGUGGAGGUGCCGGAAAACUUCAGUCCGGUGCCACGAUAUCUGGAGAACGUCGUGCUCAACGAGGGCAGCAUUGAUAUGCAGAGUGUGGACGAAGCGUCGGCAGCCAAUAACGAGCUCUAUGCCACCAUCAUUACCGCCACGAUGGCCACGAAUCUGGAAGAGCACCAGAGGCAGCAGCAGCAGGCGAAUCUCGGCGAAAAGAACACCACCAGCCUCUUUUGUCCUCUGAACUUCGAUGGAUAUCUCUGCUGGCCCCGCACCCCGGCUGGCACCGUAUUGAGUCAAUAUUGUCCCGAUUUCGUGGAGGGAUUCAGCAGCAGAUUUCUGGCCCACAAGACCUGCCUGGAGAACGGUUCGUGGUUCCGUCAUCCAGUGAGCAAUCUAACCUGGUCCAAUUACACCAACUGUGUGGACUACGAGGACCUGGAGUUCCGUCAGUUCAUUAACGAGCUUUAUGUAAAGGGCUAUACCCUCUCCCUGCUGGCCCUUCUCAUAUCAAUCAUUAUAUUCCUGGGCUUCAAAUCCUUGCGCUGCACCCGCAUUCGUAUUCAUGUCCAUUUGUUCGCCUCGCUGUCAUGCACUUGUGUGGCCUGGAUCCUUUGGUACCGUCUGGUGGUGGAAAGGCCCGAGUUCGUAGCCGAAAGCCCGCUCUGGUGCAUUGGUCUCCAUCUCGUCGUCCAUUACUUCAUGCUGGUCAACUAUUUCUGGAUGUUCUGUGAGGGUCUACACCUGCACUUGGUUCUCGUUGUGGUCUUUGUCAAGGACACGAUUGUUAUGCGCUGGUUCAAAAUCAUCAGCUGGCUCUCCCCGAUUCAUGUGGCGCUAGUCUAUGGCGCGGCACGGCACUACAGCAGCACGGACAAUGAAAACUGCUGGAUCAAUGACAGCCUCUUUUUGUGGAUCUUCUCCGUGCCAAUAACUCUCUCUCUUCUGGCCAGCUUCAUCUUUCUCAUCAAUGUGCUGCGGGUAAUUGUAAGGAAGCUGCAUCCACAGUCAGCCCAGCCCGCUCCCCUGGCCAUCCGCAAGGCCGUGCGGGCCACUAUCAUUCUGGUGCCGCUGUUCGGACUGCAGCACUUCUUGCUACCCUACCGUCCUGAUGCCGGGACCCAACUGGAUCGAUUCUAUCAGCUGCUCUCCGUCGUCCUGGUCAGCUUACAGGGCUUUGUCGUCUCGUUCCUGUUUUGCUUCGCCAAUCACGAUGUCACAUUCGCCAUGCGCACGCUCCUCAACAAAUGGGUGCCCACUUUGGUGGCGGCACCGCCUGCUGGGAGUAAUACUGGACAAUUGGCCACAACCACGCCCAGCCGUGAACUGGGCGUGUAAGGUAUACCGGACUAGCAACAGCAUCUCAAGAGUCCGAGUCCAACGGAAUACCCCGGAGAUAAUG